UCUCAACGACAAAACUGCAUGCACUAAAACCAAAGAAUGUCCUUGACCCGGACAUGCACUACAUCUAGUCCUUGUGUAGAUAAAAAGUACUAUUACCAAGUCAAGAAAUAAAAAACAUAAGUUGCGAUGUAAAAACCAAAAGUCAAAAAGCAAACCAUCUGUCAAUGUCGACUGUCAAGCUAAAUUAUUGUGAAAGUUGUUUGUGGCUAUUCUUAGAUCACUUUUUCAAACUCUCGAUAUUUUGCUAAUAAUCUCCGAAUUACAUGUGCUAAAAAUAAGAUAAUGCACAGAUGUCGUUCAGUGACCAAGCGGUGUGAUAAUGAGAGGUUAAUUUCAUGAGUUUGUAAUGUAAAAAUCAAGACAAACAUGGGCGGCCACGGACGCUACUUGUUGUUAUUGUUGUUUAUAACCACGGUGUUAAUUAAAUUUUCGUACCCAUUGCCGUAUGAUGUCCACUGGCUAGGGGGCCCCACAACAAUAGAGAGAGAUGUGCCAUCCCCUAAGAAACAAACUGUAGACAUUUAUUGCUAUAGGGGGACUUCUAAAAAUGUGUUUGCUAUAUGGCAAACUGUAAAGUUCAACAUAAAAAUAAAGAGCAAUGAGUUCAGUCAGUACAUCGGUGAGUCACCAGCGGAUGUGUACAAGGAGUACUCGGAGGACAGUUACGGCUGGUCCUCCGUUGUCAAUCCGUUCCAGAAGAAACCACAGAAGUCUGUAUCUAUCAACCUCUUUACUCCUACGUGUAUGGCUAUCAACACGAGAGACAGGCACACUAUUGAACUACAAGUUUUGAGAGUAGACCUAUGGCGUAUAAUGUUGAUGGCUGCGGGUUUGGUGCUGAUAUUCUCGUCGCGCGCUCUUUGCGGGAACCCCGUGUUCUUCUAUCUGUGUGGGAUCUUUGUUGGAGUAUUCGCUUCGUUUAUGGUGCUUGUGUACUACGUCAGCAAGUUGCUGCCCAGGAAAACAUUAACGUAUGGCAUCCUAAUCGGCGGUUGGACAGUAGGAGUGUACCUAUUCCAACAAGUAUGGGAGAACAUUCGCACACUAGUACUGACAUACCAAACUUAUAUGUUCUGGUACACCAUGAUCAUAAGCUUCGUCAGUUUCGUAGUCUGCUACAGAAUAGGACCGCCGAGGAAUCAAAGGAGCAAGAAUUUGGUCAUGUGGACUUUACAGUGUGUAGGAGUGCUGAUGAUAUUCUUCAGCUCUGAGUACCAAGAAGCUUCAGCUGCCGUCAUCAUCGCGUCAUUAGUCGCCAAGUACUUCCCGCAGACACUGAUCAACAGGAUAUCUGGAUACUGGCGUCGCAAGUUCCCGCCAAAACAGAAGUUGCUAUCGAGCGAAGAGUACUAUGAACAAGGUGCGCGCGAAACCAAGAUGGCGCUGGAAAACCUCAGGAAGUAUUGCUCCAGUCCCGACUGUGCGCAGUGGAAGAUUAUGCUCAAGUUGAACGAUUCUAAGAGGUUCGCGAGCUUCGUCGAAGGCAAUUCUCAUUUAAGCGAUGAUGAAGUGUUAGACUAUGAAGCAUAUGCCUUCUCUUUAGAACGAGCCAGGAAACCGACCCACAUGGCCAAUUCCACCAGAAACAUGGAGAUAUCAGAUGACGAUGAUGAUGACACAGAUUAUGACGAUGAUUGAGCUGACGAUGGACUGAUUUAGUUUAGUUUUAAUGUUUCUGUUUUUCUAAGUAAAGGUGGGUGAGUAUGUUUUCUUAUUGGGAUGUUUUCUCAGUCAAUUUAAUGCCGGCAAUGUCUUAAAAUUAUCACAGUUUCGUAAGUAAAUAUGCUAAUUACAGUUUUUAGCUUCUCUAAGAGUUGCUUAGCUUGAGGUACUCCCUAAACGAAUUCUUUGUACUGAGUGCUAACACGAAGAACUAUCGCAUUCGUAACGUAAUAGUAUUGAGCGCGUUCGGCACUCUGAUUGGUCGGCUCCAGUAAACCAACCUUAAUAGGUUGUACAGAUUACUGUAUCAUCGCUUAACCAGGCGGGAUAGUGGUCAAACGUCGGCCCAUCAAAUCUUAAAAAAAGGUGUCAAUAGGGUAGAUGUCUAAUUUUUAUUUUAAU